UUCUCCAAACUCGCAAAGUUGGUGACUUGUGUCAUCAACUUGGCGGAGUAUCGCUCUGAGAUACUUCGGGGUCGGUUCCGUAACGCUAAUUGGUGUCUUCCACAAGCGGGUAGAUUUUCCGGAGCAUAUGGAAAGAAGAUUGUUGAAGAUGACGAGGUCCAGAAGGGCGUGUUCGAUGACAGCCAGCUUCGCUCGGAGGAACUGAAUUAG